AGUGAAGAGGAAAGCGCGGACGGAGCGCGGCGCCGCUCGGAGCUUCUGCAGCACUGCAGGCGCGCAGCUGGCGGAAUGGCGCUGGGGAAUAUUGUGAGUCUUGUUGCCUUGUGGAUGUUUUGUGAGUCGGUGGACGGCGGGACGCUUUUCCCUCAGGAGUCUGUGUCCCGGGAGGUGAAGGAGCUGAACGGGCUGUGGACCUUCAGAGCCGAUUUCUCUCCAAACAGGAACCAGGGAUUCGAGCAGUUCUGGUUUAAACGGCCGUUAGCAGAGUCCGGUCCUGUCAUUGACAUGCCCGUACCCUCCAGCUUCAACGAUAUAACUCAGGAGCCUACACUGAGAGAUUUCAUCGGCUGGGUGUGGUACGAGAAGAAGGCGUGGAUCCCUCAGCGCUGGCUUCAGAGCAAGGACACAAGGAUCGUGCUCCGAGUCGGAAGUGCUCACUACUAUGCAGUCGUUUGGGUGAACGGGGUCCAGGUAACGGAACACGAGGGCGGCCAUCUUCCCUUCGAAGCGAAUAUUGGUGACAUGAUCCAGAUGGAUGCAAGUAUGCCAUGUCGUAUCACCAUUGCUGUUAAUAACACCCUGAACCUGCACACGCUUCCGCCAGGAACCAUCCAGUACAUGAACGAUCCUACCAAAUAUCCUGCAGGUUACUUCAUUCAAAACACCAACUUUGAUUUCUUUAACUAUGCGGGAAUCCAUCGCUCUGUGAUAUUGUACACGACUCCGAAGGCGUACAUCGAUGACAUCACUGUGACUACUUCCUUAUCAGACAGGACUGGGUUUGUGAAUUACAAGGUGAUGCCAGAGGGCAGUGCCAAGCCCAUUAUAAAGGUCACUCUUAUGGACAAAGAUAGCCAAUGUGUGGCCACUGCUGUUGGAACCCUUGGUGUUCUCAAAGUGCCUGAAGUCAACCUGUGGUGGCCUUAUCUGAUGCACCAGACCCCAGGAUACCUGUACUCAAUGGAGGUUCAGCUGACAGCAGAGAGUGGUGAUGUUGAUUACUACACGCUGCCAGUGGGUAUUCGCACCGUCACCGUCACCAGUACACAGUUCCUCAUCAACAACAAGCCCUUCUACUUCCACGGAGUCAACAAACACGAGGACGCAGAUAUUCGAGGGAAGGGCUUUGACUGGCCUCUCAUUGUGAAAGAUUUCAACCUGAUGAAGUGGAUGGGCGCAAACUCGUUCCGCACUAGUCACUACCCGUACGCUGAAGAGAUCCUGCAAAUGGCCGACCGCCACGGUAUCGUGGUUAUCGACGAGUGCCCCGGAGUGGGCAUCAAAGACAUACGCAGCUUUGACAAUACUUCACUAGCUCAUCACCUCGUCGUCAUGAAGGAGCUGGUGGGGCGGGAUAAGAAUCACCCCUCUGUGGUCAUGUGGUCUGUAGCCAAUGAGCCGGCCGCUGAGAUGCCUCCAGCAGGCUUCUAUUUCAAACAAUUGAUAACGUACACCAAAUCUUUGGAUCCAACGCGACCGGUGACCUUCAUCACGGACAGUAACUAUGCCAGAGACCAAGGAGCUCCCUACGUAGAUGUCAUUUGUGUGAACAGCUACUUCUCCUGGUACCACGACCCUGGACAUCUGGAGGUCAUCUCCAUCCAGCUGUACACGCAGUUUGAUGACUGGUAUGGAAAAUACAAGAAACCGAUCAUACAGAGCGAAUAUGGGGCAGACGCUGUAGCAGGUCUACACAACGAUCCCCCGUUAAUGUUUACUGAGGAGUACCAGAAAACAGUCCUGCAGAGCUACCACAAAGUGUUUGAUCAGAAGAGGAAGGAGUUUGUUGUGGGAGAGCUCAUCUGGAACUUUGCUGACUUCUUGACAGCUCAGGGCAUCACUCGUGUCGUGGGCAACAAGAAGGGCAUGUUCACUCGACAGCGGCAACCCAAAGCAGGAGCUUUCCUUCUGAAAGAGCGCUACUGGAGGAUCGCCAAUGAGACAGGUGUCCUGGCCAUGUGGGCCAGAUACCCCUGCCUGUGAAACCUCCACCCAGGCUGCCAUGUUACAUCUGUGUGUGUGUGUGUGUGUUAAUGUGAGAGAGAGAAAGACAGACUACAAAUAUGAGCUGUGAAAACGACUCGAAAUAUUUUACGACUGCGAAUGUUUCUCUGGCUGUGUAAUUCAGGGAGGAUUGAAAUUUUUCUUGUCAUUUUUAAGACUUCUAAACAGCAACUUGAUCUUAUUGAGCACAAAUCAGCACGAAUGUCCAAAUGCUGGAGGUGUGUGAGAUUCAGAACACGACUACCACACAAAUAGACUACGUUCAGACUGCACCCUGAAACGACCCAUAUCCGAUUUUUUUGCCCAUAUGCGACCUGUAUCCGAUUUAUUGACAAUCUGAACGACACAGAUCCGAUUUUUUUCACAUGCGACCCAGGCCGCUUGGAUAUGUGGUCCUAAUUCCGAUGCAUAUCCGUUAUUUUCACAUGCGACUGCAGUCUGACCGGACAGGUCGCAUUCAUGCGACCUACACGUCAUCAACAAGAGACAAACAUCACUAUUCUGCAUUGGCUAAUCCCGCCUCUUUGGUGGAAAACAACAACAUUUGUACAGUUUUCAGAAUUUAAAUAGACUUUUAUAGAAUUGAUCAAGCUAAUGGUGGAUUUGGUAGGGACCUGGACGUUAAAUCAUCCUGUAUUACAAGAUUAUAAGAUUGUUCUGGAAAUUUCCAGUAAUUUGACACUUUCGGUCUCAUUAGUCUGCUGCCCACAUUAAUCAGAUUAUUGUGCGAGUUCCUCCGCCGCCGCCACAAAAACCACAUCGCCAGGUCUCGCCUCAUCUCCAUGCUUUACUUGCGAACUUGAAGAGUGCGCUUUUUUUUUGUUUACAUAUUACGUAGAUGUGCUUAUUACGUGUCAGUUUGCGCAUGUGGGACACUUUUGGGUCGUUUUCCGUUCAUAUUGGAGAUCGCAUACAAGUCUCAUAUAAUUGGUAAUGUGAACGGCCUAACAAAAAAAUCGGAUUUCACAACAAAUCGGAUAUGGGUCGUUUCAGGUUGCAGUCUGAACGUAGUGAUAGGUGCACGUUACCCAAGCGGGAUUGUGCAGAAGUACUGUUGAUGCACUCACGGUUUUCUUCCCCCUGCCUCUUCCGGGUCCAAAAUCCAAGUUUAGCUUCCGAAUCAUGCCAUAAACUUGCAUCACCAGAGCGUAAACAAGAGCAUGACGAGUUUUCUCACACUGAUCUGAGACCAGUUUUCAGGAGCACGGUUAUGUCUUUGAUUAUAAUAAGUAGUGCAAGUCUUUUUUUUUUUUUUUUUUCCGUCCUGAGAGCAUCUCCUCGUUCAGCUCUCUAAACACA